AUGUCUUUCUGUGCACAAAACAUCUAUGACGGCCCUCGAUUCUUUUCAGCGUACGGCACGCUUCCGCGAUCUCAACACGGGUUCGCGGCUGCUCCGGAAUGGUCGGCCCUACGCAAUCUGAUUCUGGGCUCGCCGCACAACUCAGUUGCACAAUCGUACGUCCUCCAUCUGGGCUGUGAGUAUGGCUGGUUUGUCCGCUGGGCUCGCGAGAACGGCGCUUACUACGUAAAGGGCGUGGACCUCUCUGAAAAGAUGAUCGUGAAAGUAAAGCUUCGAUGGGGAUGCAAAGAUUGCUUCUGCCGGAGAAACCAGCUACGAGAUACACGACAUCGAAAGCAUCAUUCUCGACGACGAUUCCAAUCGCGAGUCAUACCGUCUGCAGCUCUUUAG